UGCCAAAGUCACAUCGGUCAUCGUGUCGUAUAUGUCAGUAACAUGUGUGUGAGUUUUGACACACACGAAUAGGCUUUUAAUAAAUAAACUGUUUUAGAGCUAUACGAUUUAGUAUUCCAUCACAAUGGUUCUAGAUUAUACAUUGGAAGAUAUUAUUAACUCUUUACCAGCAGCAGAAUCCUAUAGUUUGCCGGCAUUGAAGCAAAAUCCUUUAAAAAUAGAGUACACGAAAAAUGAAGAUAUAGAAACUACUUACAAUGGUUCGGAACCUCCUUUGCCAUUUGCUAGCAGUGAUCUGUUUCAUGCCAAUAUUAUUGAUUGGAGGCGUCUAACUGCUACAGAGGGUGAUUGUAAAGCUGUUUAUGAAAUUACUUUCGAUACCAAGCGCAGUAAACUCGACUUCAAAGCUGGAGACACAAUUGGUGUUAUUCCACACAAUGAUGACUCUGAUGUAAAUUUCAUAAUUAGUCAUCUCAAUUUGGAGACAACUGCAGAUCUCAGCUACAGUUUAUCUAUAGAUAAAAGUGUCAAAGGAAGCAAGAUCCCUCCUCAUAUUCCUGUAAAAUCUACAAUUAGGCAUGUUCUAGCAAAUUGUGUGGAUCUCAGAAGUGUACUGAAAAAGCUGUUCCUGCUAGCUUUAUCAAAACACACACAGAAUGAUAAGGAAAGAAAGUUUCUAGAAUAUUUGUGCAGCAAGGAGGGCACAGAGGCAUACUCAGCACACAUUCUGAACAACAAUCUCUGUGUGCUGGACAUAUUCACCAAUUUCAAGAGUUGUAGGCCGCCGGUUGAAGUGUUACUAGCCAAUCUGCCCAGAUUACUACCUAGACCAUAUUCCAUAGUCAACAGUGGUCUCAAAUGUGACUCAGUGUUAAAAAUAUGUUUCUCUGUAAUGACAAACAAUAAUAGGAAAGGUCUUACAACUGGUUGGUUGGAAAAUAUGGUGUUAAAAGAAAAUAUGCUACUUGAAAGCCAAAUUGAAAAAUUAAGUUUAACAAGUAAUGUCUGCAAAGAAACAGUACCAAUUUAUCAUAGAAAAAAUGUUAGCAUGUUUGCUUUGCCAGGAGAUUUAAGUACACCUUUAAUUUUGAUUGGUCCUGGCACUGGAGUUUCGCCUUUUAUUGGAUUUUUAGAGGAAAGGGAACAUAUAAAGAGUUCUAACGCUGAUAUGUCUUUGGGUGAAGUCUGGCUGUUCUUUGGAUGCAGAAACCCAGACUUAGAUUUUAUUUACGAGGAAGAACUAAAUGGGUUUUUGUCAAGAGGAAUAUUAAAUAAACUUUGUACAGCAUUUUCAAGGGUGGAUACUGACGAAAUAAAAUAUAUUCAGGACUCAAUAGCACAGAAUGGAAAGGAAGUUACAAAACUCAUUAAAAAUGGCGCCGCUAUUUAUAUCUGUGGCGAUCUAAAUUCUAUGGCAGCUGAAAUCAAGGAGGUUCUAAUAAAAUGUCUUAUUGAUCAUGACGAAAAGAGUGUGGAGGAUGCUCGGAAUAUUAUAAUAGAAAUGCAGAACCAAAAGAAAUAUAUUGUAGAUACAUGGAGUUAACGAUGGCCAUAAUUUUUUAAUAUAUUUAGCGUAAUUAUAUUUUGGAUAUAAAUAUUUAUUGAUCAUACCUGUUAUUCCGUAUUUAUAUUUAUUUUUUUGUUAUUGCUGUCUUGUAAAUGAUUCAAAUAGACGAAUAUGAUUUGGGUUAGACCAGUUAAGGCCUGAAGCAAUCAAUCUGAAUAAAAAAAUGUUAUCCAGUGAAUA